AUGGUGCUGUAUUCCGCGUGGAGCCAGGCAGUGGCGCAUGCUGCUCACGUCAUUGCGCCCCAUGCUGACGUCAUCCACCUGCACGACUACCACGUCCUCUAUAACCUCCACAUUCCACUAUCCCACCCACCCAUCCCCCGCUCGCCCUCAGCCUCAUUAGCCCCACUCUACAUGAUGCGAAGGGACUGGAACCAGCAGCACCAAUCCCACCAGCAGCAGCAGCAGCAGCAGCUGCUGCAACAACCCCAGCAGCAGCAGCAGCAGCAGCAGCAGCAGCAGCAGCAGCAGCAGCAGCAGCAGCAGCAGCAGCAGCAGCAGGAGGCGGGAGGAGAGGAGAAGCCAUUUCCUGCCUUUUGCAUCACCCUGCACAACGGUGACUUCCAGGGCGCAUGGCGAAUCCGCAGUGUCGCCCACCAAGAAUGGGUUCUGUCCACAUUCAACGUAUCUCCCUUCGAGUUCCACACCUACUGCUGCCACAGCAACACAUUCAACAUGCUCCAUGCCGCCCUGACCAUUCUCCAAGCCUGCCAGGCAGGUUCGGGGCUGGUAACCGUCUCGGAGCACUAUGCCGAGAGGCUGAAACGAAAGCUGAGCCUCUUUUGGGGGGUGGAGCGGAUUGUGAGUAUAACGAAUGGGGUGCAUGAGGAGGAGAAUCCGGGGUGGGGAGUGGUGGAGAUAGCUGGGAGAAAGAGGGAGGUGAAGAGAGAAGUUAUGAAGGCGUAUGGGUUAGGGGUGAAGGGAGUGGAAGGAGGAGGGAGAGGGUGGGAGGGAAGGAGUGGAGGGGGGGAGGGAAGGAGUGGAGGGGGGGAGGGAAGGAGUGGGGGGGGGAAGGAGUGGAGGGGGGGUGGGAAGGAGUGGAGGGGGGUGGGAAGGAGUGGAGGGGGGUGGGAAGGAGUGGAGGGGGGGUGGGAAGGAGUGGAGGGGGGGUGGGAAGGAGUGGAGGGGGGGAGGGAAGGAGUGGAGGGGGGGUGGGAAGGAGUGGGGGGGGGUGGGAAGGAGUGGAGGGGGGGUGGGAAGGAGUGGAGGGGGGGUGGGAAGGAGUGGAGGGGGGAUGGGAAGGAGUGGAGGGGGGGUGGGAAGGAGUGGAGGGGGGAGCCAGACGCCUGCUACCCUGCUCAUCACCCCACCACUGCUGCUGAUAGCACCACCACUGCUGGUAGUACUGGUCUCAACACUCACCAUGUGCUGCCUUCUACGUUUUACAUGCACGGGGUGGGUGGCACCGGUGUAGAGGCGGACGACGGCAGUCGUCUGUUUGUGUUCCUGGGGCGGCAGAGCUACCAGAAGGGCAGUGAUCUGAUAGCGGCGGUGGCUGCGCGAGUGUUGAGGGAGCAUCCUAGAGCGUGCUUGGUGGUGCUGGGUCCUUGCACCGAUUCACACGGGCGACUGGCUGUGCAGCAUCUCUCCCGCCUGGCUGUCACAGCCUACCCCAACCGUCUGUAUGCCUCCAACGCAGUGGUGACAGCACGGGAGCGCGCAGCACUGAUGGCAGCAGCGGACUUUGUGCUGCUGCCCAGCCGCUUUGAGCCCUGCGGAUUGACAGAUGUGGAGUUUGCUUGGAAAGGCGCGCUGGGUUGUGGCUUUCAAGUGGAGCGCGCAGCACUGAUGGCAGCAGCGGACUUUGUGCUGCUGCCCAGCCGCUUUGAGCCCUGCGGACUCACAGACGUGGAGUUUGCUUGGAAGGGCGCGCUGGGGUGCGGCUUUCAAGUGGGUGGGCUGGGCAAGACCCCGGGGUUCUACCAGCCACUAGACUCGUCCGGCCACGAGCACCAGCAGCAGCAGCUGCUCGCUGCCAUCAAUGCUGCCAUGGCCGCCCCCCCUCUGCUGCUCUCCCUCAUGCAGACGCACGCCACGCUGCUGCGCUUCUCACCCCAGGUAUGCACUGGGGGAAGACCGAGGGGAAGGUGUGAGGUGAGGCACAGGCUACUGCAUUCUCCUCUCCCUCCUGCUCUCCUGCUCUCCCUCAUGCAGACGCACGCCACGCUGCUGCGCUUCUCACCCCAGGUAGGGCAUCACCCCAUGGCCAAGCGCGCUCCCCAUUCCCGUCCUGCACCCUCUUCCUUCUCCUCCUCCUCGUAUGCUUCCUCUUUCUCGUCCUCCUCUCCCUCUUCUUCUUCUUGCUCUUCCCUAUCCCCCUCUUCCACUUCCAAAACUUCCUUAUCCCCCUCUUCCUCCUCCCCCUCUUCCUCUUCCCCCUCUUCCUUCUCUCCCUCUUCCUCCUCCCCAACUUCCUCCUCCCCCACUUCCACUUUUCCCUCUUCCUCUUCCUCCCCCUUCUCCGUCACGCAUUCAUACUCUACCUCGUCCCCAGUCGCCACACCCUCUCCCUUCCCCCUUCCUCCUCCCACCUCCCAUCACCACUACCUUCCCUCUCUCCUCCACCGCCUCUCCUCCUCUCUCCCCUCUCUCCCCCCCCUCCCCUCGUUUCUCACUCGUUCUAGGUCCCCCUUCUCCCUCCUCCCAGCUCAACCCUCUCACUCCUCCUCCUCCUCCUCCUCUGCAUCCUCCCUGCAACCACCUUCCGCACAAUCACUUUCAAUGCGAUCACGUUCGGAACAAUCACUAGCAGUACAAGCACCUUCGAUGAAUGCACAUGGCGGCAUCCCUCAUGUUUCAGUCGCUCUGGAGUUCCCAGGGGAGGAGGGAGACGGAAACGAGUCUCGGUGGGGAGGAGAGGAGGAGGGAGAGGGAGAGGACGGAGAUGAAGAGGAGGGAGAAGGACUGGAGGAAGAGGAGGAAGAGGGAGACGAGGAGACAGACGACUGUGACUUCGAAGAGUGCACUUUUGAAGAAUUUCUCAGGGAAGAAGAUGGGUGUGAAGGGUGUUACUACGAGCAAAGCACAAAGCACAUGGUAACUGAUGGGGCAGAGGAGUCCACAGGUGCAGAUGCUAAUAUUCCUGCCGAGAAUUCUCAACAGCAACACCAACGUAUUCCUGGCUGUAGCAGCAGCACCGGUGAGGUUCUAGAUACACGGGCACAGAAGCCUGGCUGUAGCAACACGGGCAUGGGCAUGGUGUAUAUGCCUGAUGCUGAGACCGUGGAGGGGAAUGAUGAGGGGAAAGAGGAAGAGGAGGAGUUUCUGCUCAGUCGCAAUGGUGGCGCUAAUGGCGCUGAUGUUGAUUCUGUUGGUGCUGUUGGUGCUGUUCGUGGCAUGGUAUCAGCAGUAGCAGUGGGUGCAGCAAUCGUACCAGGUGCAGGACCGACAGAAGCAGAAGCAGACGCAGCACACCUGCUCCGGUCCAGUCCUGAAUGGCCUGAAUUUCCUGGGAGACUCUAUAGGGAACGUUCCUGUGGCAGAGAGGGUUGGAGUGGUGGAGGCGUUGCGGUCACUGCUACUGCUGGUAGUGGUAGUGGGAGGGGUGCUGACGAUGGGGGAGAGAGGAGGGAGUGUGGGAGAUGUUGCGGGUGGUAG